UUGUGAUCGAAUAUUAGAUAGACACACGUCCUCGCCUUUUACUGCUGUUGAGGGACUCCUGGUUUUAUUUGAAACAGUUUGAUGAGCUGGGUCCAUGGACCCCCAACAGUUUGCCCUCCCACUGCAGCUGCAUGGCAACAGUUUUGCUAUGAGCUCUGGACAGGUGCCAAAAUUAAGCGCGGGAUACAAUGGAGGAGGAGGAGGAGGCCAAGAAGCAGAACUUAAUCAGCAAAACAUGACCUCCUCUUCUCGUGUCAGUUCCAGGUUGAACCCAGAUGAACAAUCCGAGUGCCCACUGGAGCCCGUGGUUCACUGCCAUGGCAAGGGCAAGCUGGACAUCAAGAGCAGGAGCUGCAGUCUACUCACCAUCUGCCGCUCAGAAGUAAUUUUCCCCUGGAUGAAUCCACGGACCACUGGCUCUGAACAAUCUGUCAGCAGUGGCAUGGCAGCUGGUCUACCAGGUAGAGGAAGGCAAAGUGUGAAGAGGGAGAGGACAGCCUUUACCAACAACCAGCUGCUGGAGCUGGAGAAGGAGUUCCACUUCAACCCUUACCUGUGUCGUCCUAGGAGGCUGGAGAUGGCUGCUGGGCUCCAGCUCACUGAUCGUCAGGUCAAGAUCUGGUUUCAAAACCGCAGAAUGAGGUACAAGAAGGAGCAGAAGUAUGGAAAGAUGACAAGUUUCUCUCAGUUGGCCACCUGCAACCUGUCCUCCAGCUCAACCUCCUUUGCAGACCACCUGAAUUUUCCAGAUGCAAACAUUGUUAGAACUUCCUCCUCCUCCUCCUCAGACUUGCACGCCUCUCUAUUUGGCUCUUUCAGCAACAGCAAUAGUGGUCAGUAUAUUCACCCAUCAGACCUGGCCCAUUUGAACUGCAUACUUCCAUCUGUUGCAAAUGGUCCAUCGGCCUCCUUUACGGGCAUAGAUAGUCAUCACCAUGCUGGCAUUUCAAAGUGGCCCUAGGGCCCCAUAAUGGCCAACUCCUCCUGUGCUCAUCAAAAUCUCAAUAUGAUACAUCUACUUUCACUUACUUAUGAAAGACUGGAGGAUGAGUCUGAUCAGCAGGGUUGAAGUUCCCUCAACACACCCUUUCAGCAUUCAUGGAACAUUUUAAUUAAACCAUAUGAACACAUCUUAAUUAAAGGAAAACUACAGCGAUAUCUUUUGUGUUCCUCAAACACAGUGACUGAAGACUGCAGGGCCUCAAACUUGCUGUGCUUUUUGUACAUACACACAGCAUGCACAAGACACGAAGUAAUAAUUACAUGUUUUUGUUCUGUAAUCUUACGGGGGUAUUGUCGCAUGGUUAAUGCAUGCAUGACGUAGACUUUGAGUGAGUUUUCCAUUGCCUUCAUGUUGUCAGACAAUCGCUAAGUGGUUGUCAUUUUCUAAGUGUUACAUUAGGAUUUUUGUUUUCAUCUAAAUAGCAGGUUGUGUGAAAUAUUAGUAAGUGUUAAAUGAGCAAAUUAAUGUUCGUUUUGAAUGAUGUUAUAUUUUUGUUAAAACUAUUAAAUGAUACGGCAAGUCUUUGAUACUUCUAUUGAUUAAUCGAGAUGUCACAUACUGUACAGGCUUAAUAAAUGAAUGUGGGAAAACUGUAGCUCUUGUGCCAUGUUUACGCUAUUCAUCGCUGAUUAGACUUACAUUUUUUUUUUCUCCAGCAGUAUUUUUAUGAUUAAAGA